AUGAGCAAUUCCAAAGGUGUCGCCGAAAACAUGCUCUGGGGAGGCCGGUUCACCCAGGGCCUUGACCCCCUCAUGGUACAGUACAACAUGUCCCUGCCCUACGACCGCAUCCUGUGGAGGCAGGACAUUGCCGGGUCGAUUGCCUUUGCCCGCGCCAACACCAAGUCCGGCAUCCUGACGCCGCACGAGUUCGCCGAGAUCGAGCGCGGGUUCCAGCAGAUCGCCGAGGAAUGGCGCACCAACACCUUCGAGGCCAAGGAGAAUGACGAGGACAUCCACACGGCCAACGAGCGCCGCCUGGGCGAGAUUGUCGGCAAGGAAAUCGGCGGCAAGCUGCACACGGGCCGCUCGCGCAACGAGCAGAUCGCCACCGACAUGCGCCUGUGGCUGCGCGAUGAGCUGCGUGCCAUUGAGAACUGCCUGUGCGACCUGAUCAAGGUCUCUGUCGCCCGCGCCGAGCAGGAAAUCGACUACAUCAUGCCCGGCUACACCCACCUGCAGAAGGCCCAGCCCGUGCGCUGGUCCCACUGGAUGCUGUCCCACGCUACCGCCUUUGCGAGCGAGCUGCAACGUUUGCGUGAGGUUAUCCGCCGUGUUAACCGCAGCCCGCUCGGCACUGGUGCCCUGGCUGGCAACCCGUUCCAGAUUGACCGCGAGGCCAUGGCCAAGGAGCUCGGCUUUGAUGGUCUGUUGUACAACUCCAUGAACGCGGUCGGGGACCGUGAUUUCGCCAUGGAGACUAUGCAGUGGGGCAGCUCGUUCAUGCUCAAGAUCUCGCGCUGGGCCGAGGACUUGAUCAUCUACAGCAGUCUGGAGUUUGGCUUUGUGCGCCUGUCGGAUGCCUACUCGACCGGAUCUUCGUUGAUGCCGCAGAAGAAGAACGCUGACAGCCUGGAGCUGCUGCGCGGCAAGGCCGGCCGCGCCUUCGGCCAGAUGGCCGGCCUGAUGUGCACCAUCAAGGGCCUGCCCACAACCUACAACAAGGACCUGCAGGAGAGCGUCGAGCCCCUGCUGGACCACAUCAAGACCGUCAGCGACAGCAUUCAGAUCGGCACGGGCGUGCUGUCCACCCUGACCGCCAUCCCGGAGAAGAUGAGCGCCGCGCUCGCCCCGGAGAUGCUGGCCACCGAGAUCGCCGAUUAUCUCGUCCGCAAGGGCGUCCCCUUCCGCGAGGGCCACCACAUUUCUGGCCGUGUUGUCGCCCUGGCUGAGAACCAGAGCGUCCCCAUGGACACGCUGUCCCUGGCCCAGCUCCAGACUAUCGAUGCCCGCUUCGACGAGGAUGUCCAGGCUUGUCUGGACUACGAGCGUGCUGUUGAGCUUAAGGACGCUAUUGGUGGCACUAGCAGACGCGCGGUUAUUGAGCAGACCUCUGUGCUGAAGAGCCUGCUGUAG